AGAUACAUUUUAGAAAUAGGAGGGGUUUAUUACUUUGUGGUUGUGGUAAAUAGGGACGACCGUCUGUGUGCGCUGUCAGAUUAGAGUUUAAUCCGUGGGGUUACGGUCAGAACGGGAACAAUAGCUAGUUACACCUGGAACAGGGCUCGAUAACCGCGAGGAAACGCUGGUUUAAAAGCGACAGGUUUUAUGGAUGAGUCAUCUAAGUAAAUCCAAGCAAUUUGAUGAUGAGGUUACUGACUAACGUUUAUAUUAGCAUUCAAAUGGAUUUCAAGUGAUUUGUCAAUCUGAUACCCAACUCGUUUGCUAGCUAACUCUUAAAAUCGAAUUAAGUUUAUCCACUAAGUAAAUAGUGAAGACUUUUGUUACACGGGACAAUCACCACUUCUCUGUUUUCUAUGGUCCAUAUCAAUUUGUGACAUUUUGACACGGAUUAACGCUGUUAGUAAUCGAACCUAAUCAAAUCAAUCCUCUCGGAAAGAAAACAAAUCUCUAUUCACUCUCAUAACUUCAAGACGGAGUAACCAGCUAGCGCUGCAAACUAGCUAGUAAAACUAGCUCAUCAAACUUGGUCCUGAGUGGAGACCAGACGGAACUAACAUGUCUGGAAAAGACAAAGACAAGGAGAACGCCGGAGAAAAACAAUCUACAACUGAGCGGCUCGUAAAAGCCGUGCCGUACCCUCCCCAGCAGCGUCUCUCUAUGAAGGAGCUGUUUGAGGAUGGCAAGCCCAACGCAGAGACGCUCCGCACCCACCUAGUGAAGGAGGGCCGGCUGGAGGAAGAGGUGGCCCUCCGGGUCAUCAACGACGGCGCCAACAUCUUGAGACAGGAGAAAUGCAUGCUGGAGGUAGAGGCACCCAUCACAGUGUGUGGAGAUGUCCACGGCCAGUUCUUUGACCUAAUGAAGCUGUUUGAAGUGGGAGGCUCGCCCAGCAACACACGUUAUCUUUUCCUUGGAGACUACGUAGACCGAGGCUACUUCAGUAUUGAGUGUGUGCUGUACCUCUGGUCACUCAAGAUCAAUCACCCGACCACACUCUUCCUCCUGCGAGGGAACCACGAGUGCCGGCACCUCACAGAGUACUUCACCUUCAAACAGGAAUGUAAGAUCAAGUACUCAGAGCGCGUGUACGAUGCCUGCAUGGAAGCCUUUGACUGCCUGCCGCUCGCUGCUCUCCUCAACCAACAGUUCCUGUGUGUACAUGGUGGGCUCUCACCAGAAAUCAACUGCCUAGACGACAUUAGGAAAUUAGACAGGUUUAAGGAGCCUCCAGCAUUCGGACCGAUGUGUGACCUGAUCUGGGCUGACCCAGGAGAGGACUACGGCAGUGAGAAGACAGCAGAACACUUCAACCACAACUCUGUUCGAGGCUGCUCCUACUUUUUCAGUUACCCGGCAGUAUGUGACUUUUUGAUAAAUAAUAACUUGCUGUCGGUAAUUAGAGCACACGAAGCACAGGAUGCAGGGUAUCGGAUGUACAGAAAAAGCCAGACUACAGGCUUUCCUUCAUUAAUUACAAUCUUCUCAGCACCAAAUUACCUAGAUGUAUACAACAACAAAGCUGCUGUAUUAAAGUAUGAGAACAAUGUGAUGAACAUUCGGCAGUUCAACUGCUCCCCCCACCCCUACUGGCUGCCCAACUUCAUGGACGUCUUCACCUGGUCUCUGCCCUUUGUCGGAGAGAAAGUGACAGAGAUGCUGGUGAAUGUGCUGAACAUCUGCUCAGAUGACGAACUCAUGUCAGAAGGAGACGACCUGUGUGAAGAUGGUGGAAUCCCAGCAGUGCGCAAGGAGGUGAUCCGGAACAAGAUCCGAGCCAUCGGGAAAAUGGCCAGAGUCUUCUCUGUUCUCAGCUAUUCAAGGCUUCUCUCCCACGAGGAAGAUCAAGGACUUUGCGGAGGCGCAGAGCCUGGACAAAGUCAACGAGAGGAUGCCUCCACGCAAGGAUGGCCAGCAGCCGGUCAACCCAAAUGCCCCCAAGAAUGGCACAGACUAGGCCCGGAGAGUGACCUCCCCCUCUCAUCCUCACCAGACACAGGCCAUGGCCCUGUCUCAUACACCAAAACUAUCUUCUCUCGCUCUCUGUUUUCUAUCUCCCUCAUUCUCUCUCUCUCUCUGUCCCAUUGUGACUCUUCACCCAGCUGGCCUAUAGUUGGACAAGCACAGGACAUGUAGGUAGGGAAGACACCACCACACUGGGAGAAUGGUUUCAGCCACCACAGAGUACAACCAUGAAAAUAAACAAAAAACAAUUUUAUUUAUUAAUUGAAUAAUAUUAGGUAUAUUAUGUAAUGCUACAAUUGAAUGAACACACACAUUUCUAAGAUGUUCAAAUAAGCAUAUAACUAUGGUAAAUGUCAAAGAUAAAGACCAUUUUGUAAAUUUGAGUUGAGGAUUGAGGUAGCAAGUAAAGGAGACCUUAUCCUUAGUCAAUGCAGGUGUUACUACUGUUAUUUUAUGUGCUUUGCAAGGGAAAGUUGACUGAAUCUACAGAUAUCUACAGUUUGUGUGCUCUCAUACAUGUUGUCCAUUUUUAAAAAAUGUGUUAAGUAGAGAGAAAAUAAUGAAGGGAACGAUUUGACACCAUUGCAGAAGAUUAUUUUAUACCUCCAGCAGAAGUUCAGUAGAACUGUUUUGUUCUUUCAUCCAAUUUCUUUGGUAAAAACCUUGAAACCACUGAAUGCUAUUUAUGCUGCUUUGGGUCAACUUGUUGCUCCUAUAUUUUAUCGUUAGGUUAAACAGGAUUUAAUUUGACAGCCUUUAGUCAAUCCUUGAGAAACUGCACAGAAUUUCCAAAUGAUAAUGUCAAAUAAUGAAAAAAAGACCAUGACAGAAUUGAUCCUAGUUUGCUACGAUCAUUGAUGCGAUGUAUCAAUGGGCGGUGAUUCGUUUUUCUAGUGCUAGGUGUUCUAAAUAGUGUUUUGAUAGUUGUUGUUUGCAAGCUGUCACUAACCAACCGUUACUAACAGUGUGUUUAACCGAGGUCAGUUGGGGGGGGGGUUUAUAUAAUAUAUACACUGUGUGUACAAAACAUUAGGAACACCUUCCUAAUAUCGAGUUGCACCCCCUUUUGCCCUCCAAAGCAGCAUCAAUUCGUCGGGGCAUGGACUCUACAAG